AUGCGUAUACAAAUUUUAUUACCUCUGGUAUUGUUCAUCUCUGCAAUUGGAGUGCUUGCUGUCCCUGCGCCGACUCCUGCGCCGACUCCUGCUCCUACUACAACCGAGGCCUAUGUCGAGCGAAGAGGGACAGAAACAACCGAAGAUUAUGACCCCCAUAUCACAAUUGAUGUUCCCAAGAUCUCGAUCAAGCCAUACACUCAUGAGCCCUUUAGUCUGUCGCUGGAUCUGCCUUCCGACACCUGCACACCUACCAUCACCCCCGAUGCGAAUGGCUGGGUUCCGGCAACCGAGUGCAAUGCGCUCUACAACUACUACCCAUCCUUUGGUGCUGCGAUCGCCUUUUCGGUUCUUUUUGGUGUCUUGAUGGUCACUCAUUUUGUCCAGGCCACUGUCUACAAGGCAGGGUUCGUCUGGGUCAUCUUGAUGAGCGCGGCAUGGGAAUGUGUAGGGUUCGUGGUACGCACACUGAGCACGCGGGACCAGCAGGACAAUACUCUUGCCACAAUUACUCAACUGUUCAUUCUUCUGUCUCCAUUGUGGGUCAAUGCAUUCGACUACAUGGUUCUGGCUCGGAUGAUCCACUUCUUCGUCCCGGACCAUCGAAUAGGCAUCUUCAAACCCUCCAUGCUCGCCAUGAUCUUUGUCGUCCUGGACCUGGGAUCCUUUGUCAUCCAAUUGAUAGGAGGCAGCAUGGCCGGACCCGGGGCGGACCACGACACCAUGAUGAAGGGUAUUCACAUCUACAUGGGCGGCAUCGGUAUCCAGGAAUUCUUCAUAGUUCUCUUCCUCUUCAUUGCGAUCCAAUUCCACCGCCAGAUGCUCCAUCUCGAUCGGCAGGGAAGACUCGUUGGGCCCAAGGCAAAAUGGAGAGGCUUGCUAUAUGCGUUGUACGCGAGUCUGCUGUUCAUCACGGUGCGCAUCAUCUUCCGCCUGGUUGAGUUUUCCUCGGGGAAUGACGCGUCGAAUCCCAUCCCGCAGCAUGAGUGGUACAUGUACGUUUUCGACGCUGUCCCAAUGUGGUUUGCUAUUGUGGUUUGGAACGUGGUUCAUCCCGGGGCGAUCAUCAAAGGCCCCGACGCAAAGAUGCCACCUAGCCCUCUGCGCAAGAUAUUCUGUUGCGCUUGCUGUUGUUCCUGCUGUAGGAAGCGAAAGAAUAAGGGCAUGCAGAAGAUUCCGAAUAAUGAUCACCUAGGAGGAGAUGAGAUGUUGCCGCUGCGGGAGCGGGCGGCUUCGCCAUACAGAUGA